AUGGAAGAAUUUGAAUCCUCACCCAUAAGCUCAGGAUCACCAUACACAGAAGCCUUAACCGAAUUCUCGAUCUUCAUCGACAAACUCGACCCCAUCAUGAGUCAAAUGACAGACAUAACCGACUCGCCGGCCGUACAAAAAGCCAUCGACGCGUUACAAACUGAUUAUAUCCGCGCGAAAGCCUUAGUCAACCGUAAAACCUCUCAGUCUCCCCCCACCAAACACAUAGAGCACCUCGUGCAGAACCUCGGGCGUUCGUUGGGCCUCGUGUUUUUCGCUGGCCAGGAAGUGCCGUUGACAAACAGGGAAAAAAUCGAGGCAUUGUGUAAAGAGAUGAUGAACGUGAGGUUCGAGUUUGACGAGAUAGAAUACGACGAAACAGAGGAAAAAACACGAGUGUUGACACUAGUGAAGGGUGGUGAUGGGGAAGCUUUCAAGAAUGCAGUUUUAAGAUUGAGUGAACUUGUGUUGGAUACCACUCUUUCUGAUCAAACACUCAUCCAUGAAGACGUCAUUAGGGUGUUAACGAGCCGGUUGGGGUCGUGCAGAGGAGGACAAGAAAGAGUUAUUAUUGUCAAAACACUAAGAUAUCUCCUUCUUCAGGACAAUCGCCACAUGGAAAAUAUGAAGGAGUUGGAGUUUUUAUCGACGUUGGCUAAAUUGCUGACGAGGGGUGUGGAGGAAAGAAGAGAGGCGGUGGGGCUUUUGUUGAGCCUAUCGGAAGAUGUUGGAGUUAAGAGACGAAUAGGCAGAAUAAAGGGUUGUAUUUUGAUGUUGGUUGCCAUUGCCAAUGGGGACGACGAAGAGGCUUCUCGUGAUGCUAACAUGCUGCUGCAUAGCAUGUCUGGCAACACUCAACAUGCUCUUCAUAUGGCUGAGGCUGCUUAUUUCGAACCUCUAAUUAACUACCUAAAGGAAGGCUCGGAGAUGAGUAAGGUUCUCAUGGCAACUGCACUAUCCAGACUGCAACUCACAGAACAAAACAAAUACUCCCUCGGCCAACAAGGCGCGAUUGAGCCACUCGUGCACAUGUUCCAAAGGGGCAGCCUUGAAGCCAAGCUCUCGGCCCUAAACGCACUUCAAAGCCUGUCCGACUCGAGCCAUAACACCAAACACCUCAUCGACUCGAGCAUACUCGUUCCCCUCUUACAGCUCCUAUUCUCAGUCACUUCUGUCCUAAUGACCUUAAGGGAGCCAGCAUCUGCCAUCCUUGCAAAAAUAGCAAAAUCAGAAAGCAUACUCGUGAAGAAAAUGGAUGUGACCCACCAGAUGCUUUCACUCUUGAACGUGUCCACACCGGCCGUGCAAGAAAAUCUUCUUGAAGCAUUGUACAACAUUGUUUCCCAUUCGGGUGCUGUCAAUGUAAGGAGGAAAAUGAAAGAAAAUGGUGCAAUUAAUCUUGUAUUACCGUUUUUCAAAGAGAGAGACGUUCGGAUUAGGACAGGCGCACUCAGGUUGGUCCACGUGCUGUCCAAGGAUAAUCAAGGGGAGCUAAUACAACAAUUAGACUACUCAAAUGUGAGUGUAGUUGCCAAUAUUGCCUCGACUUCCGGGUCGGAAAUAGAAAUGGUGGAAGCACUCGGGAUACUUUCGAAUUUGCCAAUGAGUGAUAAAAAAGUGACGGAAAUACUUAUGAAGGCGAAGCUAGUGCCUUUAAUGGUAUCUAAAAUGAGUUCGAUCCAAAUAAACUCAACACUCACGAGCACGACUGUGUGCUUGGCAGAAAGUAUAGCCAGUCUAAUGCUUCGGUUUACAGACCCUAGUGACAAGAGUUUACAGCAGUUUUCUGCAGAAAGUGGCAUAAUUGAUGUUCUCAUCAAGUUUCUGUCAUGCAGUUCAGAAAGCAUAAUUAUAUCCAAGGUGGCUUUGUGUUUGGCUCAAAUGUCAAAAAACACAUUGCAUCUGAGCAAUUCGGGUAAGGCAAAGUGGUUUUGCAUGCAGCCCACAAUGGAUGCUUCGUGUGAAGUUCAUAAAGGUUUCUGUUCGGUGAAGGGUACGUUUUGUUUGGUGAAGGCCCGAGCUGUGGGCCCGUUGGUCGGUAUUCUGUUAGGCAAUGAGAGGGGAGCGGACGAUGCGGUUAUGAGCUGUCUCUCGACUCUUUUGGUGGACGAGAUUUGGGAGGAGGGGUGUAGAUUUCUUGAGAAAAUGUGGGGAGUUUGCGCGGUUAUUAAGGUUUUGAGGUGCGGGAGCUUCAAGGCCCGAGAGAGAGCGCUGUGGAUAUUGGAGAGAGUGUUUAGGGUCGAAGAUUAUAGGAAAGAGUAUGGAGAGUGUGCACAGGUUGUUCUUAUUGAUCUUGCACACAACGGUGAUGCCAUGCUGGCGCCGGCAGUGGCUAAAGUGUUGGCACAGCUUGAGCUGUUGCAAGAACAGAGUACUUAUUUCUGA